AUGAAGAGUUCGCUGAAGGAGAUAGAUACAAGUAUCAGAUCUGGACUUUCAAUCUUACCUUCAGCGGACUCCAGUAAAAUAUUCCAAACCAGCAUAAGGGAACAUCUUCAACCAAUAGAAGAACAGUUAGGUGCAAUGUCAUCCGAGCUGAGGACGAUGAGAGAGCAGAAGCAACGGGCCCCAUCACCUACAGCCCCAAGUCUAGCAACAGAGCUUGCACAAACUGGCGAAGCAGCAACAAAGCCAAAAAAAGACAUACGCCAGAGUGGCUGCAAGCCCUCCCCUUCCUAA